UUUUAGUUGCAGCCCGUCGCGUGCCGAGGCAGCCAGCAUGCCUUCCCGUUCGUUUUCGCCCCCCGAGCGGACGGCUGCUCGGGCGAUGCGAACACGGAACUUUGAGGGCAUCCUGCAUGACCAGAACCGGUUCUCGUACUUCCUGGAUUACUUGAGCGUGCAUGCCCAGGCGCACAAGCUACUCUUCUGGUUCGAGAUUGAGCAGUACAAGCUUCUUGCGGGAGACGACCGGGAAAUGGCGUCGCACCAGGAGACCAUCUUCGGGAAGUACUUCGGGGACGGGGCGAGGGGAGGCGCGGGAGGCCUGGAGCUGCCGCCCUAUGCGGUGGAACACACGGAGGUGCUGUACGCCAAGGCCAGGGGGAGGCCGCUCGGGUACAUGUUUGACGUCGCGCAAGCCUUCGUCUACCAGGAACUGCGCGACCGCUGGCUCCCGCAGUUUCGAUCCUCGUCUAGCCACACGGCGCUGGUGGACCACCUCCGGAUGUCCUACCCGGUGUCGCUGUCACAGCUGCUCUCGGAGGGCCCGUUCAAUGACUGCCUCAACAGCUUCAUUUACGACUCGGGGGAGUGCAAAGCCGACCUGCGACAGGACUUCCAGGUGUGGUUCGCGAUACACUCCACCCUCCGGCCGCUCUGUGCGAUGGUGCUGCGGAGCCUGGAGAAACGCGGGGUGCCCGGGAGCACGAAGCAGCUGUCCAACCUCGAGGAGGAGGGCAUGAAGUUCCGGGACGCCUAUCUUGAGGGGACGGAGGUCGUGCGAUCCCCGCUCGACAAAACUGUCAAGGCCUUGCUCGUAAAAAGAAUUUUCGGUCUGAUCGGUUGCAAGCCCACCGGCCUCGGCGCUUUAGGGGUCGGUAGCAUGAGCGGGGGGCCCGGGGGAGGCAGCAAGAGCGGCGCUAUCUACGCGGAGUCUCUCAGGGCCGCUGUGUCGGGGCUCAACGACGCCCUGCUGUUUGCCGAGGAUCAGGUGUAUCGCCCUCUGGAGGAGGCGGUGGUGCCGGCCUUGGUGAAGAGCUCCACCUUCGGGAACUUCGUGGACGACCUCAGCUCCCUGGAGGAUGCAGCGCACCCUUCAUGCGACUCGCCGAAUACCUCACGGCGCUUCGCUAUUGGUGAUGUGAGGGCAUGGUCCGGUGAGAAAUCCGGCGUGCUCCGUCCUGGCCUUGUAGGGAUGCGAGGCCANCCCUCGUAUGCUCUGUGUCCCCUCUCGGUUUCUCACCCCCGCCCUCUCCAGUGCGCUCCGCUGCAAGCUCGCCUCCGGCUCCUGAACGACUGGGCGGACGUACAGCGGAAGCUGCCGGACAAGGCGGUGGAGUCAACGGCAGGAGGCAAGACGUCCCACCUCCUCCGGCCCUGCCCGACCCCCGCCGCCCCCGACGUUUGGCCGGUGGCUUCCUCCAAGGCGGGAGGUGUUUUCGGAGGCCCCGAUAGGCCCGGCAGGCGGGCGGGGAGGGGGAGGGGGGCCAGAGCGGGCGCUGGCGCGGACGUGACCUGCCCCUCGCUGCUGUUCGUUUUCCAGGUCGAUACCGAGGAAGCGACUGACGGCGAAGACAACGACGGCGACAAGGCCCCCCCCGCCCCCCCUCCCUCCGGGGACAAGGGAGGGGCCAUUUUGGGCCAAGCCCCCCGCGGUCUCCACGGCGUCGCCGCCAUCGCGGCCACCCCGGUCCCCGGGUCGCCAGAUUCAGCCACCAAACGAGCAGCAGCAGCGGCAACAGCGGCGUUACCAGUGGAAGGGAGAGGGCAGGGGCGGAGGGGCUUCGUACGAUCACCGCCUCGGCCGUCGGGACCCCCCCGCGCUUACGGGUCUCCGACGGACGGGGCGGCGAGAAAGGCGUCGCCGACGCGGUCGUCGCCGCAGGGAGUUCCCCCCGGGGCGGGAGAGGGCGGCGGCGGUGGAGCUGGCGGCCGCUUGUUGAGGAGGUUUCGAACGAAGGUGAGGCAGAUGAGGCACGUGAUCGCCGCGAGGGUGCUGCAAGACAUGCCUCCUCGAAAAACGGGGGGAGGAAACCCUAGCGUCCCCAGGUCGGAUUCGGCGUGGGAGUGGGACGGAGAAGAGGG